UGGGGUUGAGGACUCUUCUAAUUGGGUUUGACUCCCAUGGAGCCUCUUUGGAGAUGGCUUUCCUUCCUGCUUUUGGGUUUAAUGGGGAAAGCCAGCCUGGAGGCUGCGGUUCUUAUCAAUGUGGACGCUUCCCAGGCGGAAAGGGAGUUGAAGCACUUCUGGGAAAGCACCGGCUUCUGUCCUCCUUUGCCACACAGCCAGGCAGAUCUAUUUGAUCUCAGUAAAGACCAGGCAAUUAAUCUGGCUUACAUUUCUUCUGUACCACACAAUGGCAUCAAACAAAUCAGAAUUCACUGGCUUCUGGAACUUGUUCAAGUUGGGGUUGAAAAUGGGACGCCUCACUUCAAUUUCACCAAACUGGACAAAUUCAUGGAUCUUCUGUGGGAAAACAAGCUAAGCCCAGGAUUUGAAUUGAUGGGAAGCCCUUCAGGAUAUUUCACUGACUUUGAAGAUAAAAAUCAAGUGAGACAAUGGAAGGACUUGAUAACACAGUUGGCUCAGCGAUACAUAGAGCGGUAUGGAUUGAAUCAUGUUUCUAAGUGGAAUUUUGAGACGUGGAAUGAGCCAGAUCACCAGGAUUUUGACAAUGUCUCUAUGACAAUUAAUGGAUUCCUCAACUACUAUGAUGCUUGCUCUGAAGGAUUAAGGGGAGCCAGUCCUCACCUGAAACUGGGAGGCCCAGGAGACUCUUUCCACCCCUUUCCAAAGUCCCCAAUUUGCUGGCACCUCCUCAGUCACUGUUACAAUGGAACAAAUUUCUUCACCAGAGAGACAGGUGUCAGGCUGGAUUACAUUGCAAUGCAUAAGAAGGGAGGUGGGAGCUCACUUCACAUCUUAGAACAAGAAAUUGAAGCAGUGGGACAGAUUCAGAAGAGCUUCCCCAGCUUUGCUUCUGUGCCAAUAUACAACGAUGAAGCAGAUCCAUUGGUGGGUUGGUCGUUCCCACAGCCUUGGAGAGCGGAAGUAACCUAUGCAGCUAUGGUGGCAAAGGUUAUUGCCCAGCAUCAAAACCUACUGAUUGCUCAAGCCAACAACACUAUAAACUACACUUUGCUGAGCAAUGACAAUGCCUUUCUGAGCUACCAUCCGCAUUACUUCACCCAGAGGACGCUGACAGCUCGCUUUCAGAUGAACAACACAAAUCCCCCGCACGUCCAGAUGGUGAGGAAGCCUGUGCUCACUGUGAUGGGCUUGCUGGCCCUGCUAGGAGAGGAACAAGUCUCUGCCAAUAUUUACAGUCAUGAUGCUGAGGAGCAAAAUACACUUGGAGUCAUAGCUAGCCUUCACAAACCUAUAGAGCUUCAAGAGUCAGACAGCUGGCAGGCAUCUGUACUAAUCUAUUCCAGCAAUGAUAAUCAGACUUCCUCAAACAUCAGUGCUGUGACAAUAAAUGUAACUAGCAUCCCCAAACAGAAAGAACUUGUUUAUGUGACGUACUACAUGGAUAACAACCUCACCAACCCAUAUUUACAGUGGAAGAAACUGGGAGCUCCAGAUUUCCCUUCUCUCAAGCAAAUGGAGCAGAUAAGAGAAGCUGAGGAUCCUGUGGUGAAAGGGCCAUUUCUGCUUCCUGCAUCAGGCCAUCUGAUGCUGAAACAAGAGCUCCCAGUUCCAGCUGUUUUGCUCCUCCACAUCUGCGCAAAGCCCCUUGCUGCUCCCAAUCAGGUGAGCAACAUCCGCCUCAUUGGUCUCACAAAGGGGCAAGUUUUGGUAACGUGGAAUGACAGCUGUGUGAAUUCAAAGUGUCUGAAAAAAUUUGAAGUAGUAUUCUCUCAAGAUGGGAAAGCAUACAAGCAGAUCAGUGUGAAAGACAGCAUAGUUACAAUGCUAAUCUAUAGUCCAGGUAAAUCCAAAGCUUUAAAACAAUUAAGCACUGGUUCAGAUGAAGAGCCGAAUAGUAACAUCUCCUGGAAUCCUUCCAAGCAAACCACGAUUUCAAAGUGGAGAGCUGGUUCCAUCGCACCAUCAGGUAAUCAGUCAUUUCCUAGAGCACCCUCUCUAUACUUUCCUUUCACAAAUUGUUCUCACAUUUUUGUUGUAAACCUAUUAUUCUCAAUAAAAACAAUUUGAAAAAAAAUCAUUUCCUAGAGCACACCACUUGGAGAGAACCAGUGUGGCAGUAGUUUGAGCGUUGGCUACAAUUCUUGAGAUCAGAGUUUGAAUUCCUACUCUACUAUGGAAACCCAUUAGUCCUACACUGGGCAAGACCCUCAGUCUCAGAAGAGGGAAAACCCAAAGCCCAUUCUGAACUAAUGCUGAGAGAAAAAAAUAGAUCUGCCUUAAAGUCACCAUAAAUCAGAAACAACUUCAAAACACACAACAACAAUCACUUGGAGAUUUCCAAUGAUAUUGCUCCCAAAAUACAAGAUGAGAACUCAUGAGCUUCAGUUACUGAAACACACAUACCAGAUAAACAUUAGAUAAUAAGUAUUGACCAUAUGAGCAACUCAAUGGGAUGAGUUAAGUGGGGUUCCCACACUCCAGUCCCAGAGAUCUUAAAGUAGAGACUAAAGGCCCAUCUGUUGUAGGUGCUUCAGUUCUUCAUUCCCUGAAAUCAGUGGAUCAAUGAUCUCUACAAAGUCAGCUGUAUAGCUAUGUGGUUUUAUGAUCGCUGGGUCUACUUGUGCAAUCAUUUUCUUCACAUGUUGCCAGUAGUGAUAAGAAACCAUCCUGAUCAGAGCAGCUCCUCUUCUCACACAUCCAACACAGAUGUAGCCUAUCCAAGAAACAUGCCAAGAGGAAGGCACGUCAAGCCAAUCCUGGUCAGGACUGCCUUCCACCUGGAAACUGAUGCCCUCACUGUGGAAGAACAUGCAGAUCAAGAAUAGGACUCCAUAGUCACCUACAUAUUCACCUCCAAGACACUAGACUUGGAAGACCAUCAUACUCGGACAACGAGGGAUCACCUUAGUAAGUUAGCCUAUCCAACCUGUGUUGUGUAGGAAUUGGAGAAAGCUAAGCUAGGAGUUUGGAGAUUCAGACUGAAGAGUGCAAUGAACCACGAAACCUGCUGGGUGAUCUUGGGCCACUUAUUGUCUCUCAACCUAGCUGACCUCACAAAACUCCAAUGAGGACAAAGUGAAUUGGGAGAGAGGAAAGACUUAAGCUCACUGGAAGAAAAACAGAAGACAGAAGUACGGUAACUAAUAAACAUAUAGAUGGAUUAGGCUGGGUUGCCAUUUGUUUACUAGAAAGAAGCAUAAGUUUGGAAGUAAAGAGAUAGACUGCGAAACACUGCGGCGACAAAUUUAAAAGCAAGUUUGAAGAACCAAAUAGUGCUCUUGUUCAUAUUCAUGCAAGAUAAACAAGUUGAAAGGUAUGCAGUGCUUGUCUCAAAGCUCUCUUGUAACUACUGCAUUCCUUGACGCAUGCAUUCAUUCAUUCAAAUCAUUCAUUCUUUCCAUGUAUAUUCUGCUUUUCUCCCAAUCUGGAACACACCCAAGUAUGCCCACCAUUGUCCUUUACAACAACAACAACAACAACA